ACUGAGAGCGUGUAGAUAGCUGAAAUGUAGCUGGUUCCAGCAGUUUUAACUUGGAUUAGCUCGGGAUUAAGUGCUUGUUCUUGGAGGGUACCAGCAGUUCUUUCCAGUGUUACUUCUAGUUAUCCAUCUCAAUAGUAUAGUACAUACCUAUCUUCCCGGCUGCAGAGUAGAUCUUUGCGGGAAAAAUUUUAAUAUUAUUUUCUCAUAGUCCGUGAAGACCUGCCGGUAUAAAUGAGUGAUAAAAGUGGACAGUUUAAAAAACCCGAGUUUUAUGAUGGAUUAGUUCUAUAUUUUCAUCCGUAUAGUUACUACUCACAGAAGGUUUUACUAGCCUUGCAUGAGAAACAAAUUGAAUUCACACCGUAUGUGAUUGAUGUUUCAAAUGGAGAACAGUUUGCAUCAUGGUUCUUGAAUUUAAACCCUAAAGGAGAAGUACCUGUACUCCAAGAUGGCUGUUUCAUAAUUCCCGACUCAGCACACAUAAUUGGCUAUUUGGAAAAUAAAUACAGCAAAGGAAAACAAAGAAGGCUGAUACCUACUGAUACCUCCUCAAAAGAAUUCCAAAAGAUCCGCUUUUACCAGCGCACAUUGAAACGAAUACCAAUUGGCGCAAUAAGCCUUGGUUCGUUCAUUCAUGAAGACUUGAAUUUGAACCCCAAACCACCAUUUAUUGGACCUAUAAGGAAAACUUGUUUAGAAACGAAUGAAAAAGUUAAUAGAAUACUGAAAACUUGCGCCAAUCAGAAUGACGUGAAUUCCGGUUCGCUAUUCAAAAAGGUAGAGUUCCAGGAGAAACGUCGGGAAAUUAUUUCCGACCGCGUUGCUUAUCAAAAACUAUUAGACGCUCUAGAAACUGUGCUCAGAUAUAUUGAAAAUGACUUGAAAAACAAUUCAAGGGAAAAAUGGCUGUGUUCAGACGAGCUUUCGAUUGCCGAUAUUACGUUGGGUUUAAUGUUGCAUCGUUUAUAUAGCUUAGGCUUUGAAGAUUAUUUUUGGACAAAUGGAAAAAUGCCUUAUCUAGAAAACUAUUUCCAAAACUUCAAGUCUAGAGAGUCGUUUCAAAAAUCCGUGCCGACAACGAUGUCUAUCUGGAAGGAUAUUUUACGAAAAGUACCAUCAAAUUAUAAAUUUGGAGCAGGAGUUCUUGGAAUGGCGCUUUUCGCAGCGACCGCGUUAGCUCAUAGAGUUUAAAAAUAAUGGACGACACCCAAAGUAUUGGCUUUGAAAAGAAAUGCUGUAUCUUUCAUGUAGUAAUUAAUGUAACAAUCCAUUAGAUUUCAGUAAAGUUUCUUUCAUAUUAGCUUUAUUUACAAGAAGCACCAUUGUGUAUUUUGUAGCCUUCUGGAGAUACGAGUCUACAACUCAUCUUUAACAGUUUAACUUAUUUUCAAUUUGUUAUGGUAACUUUUGCUAAUGUUAUGGUUUCGAUUCCACAGUAAAAUUAACAUAGUUUGUAACUCUCAUAGGUAAUCAUUUUCUCUUCACUUUCCAAUUAUCAUGUACUGUUUAUGUGAAGAGUCUAUCUGCAGAAAGCUACUAGAGCACAAAGUAUUAAAAUAUAGUUUAAAAUUUAUCAAUUUUACAAAAUACAAAUAUUCGCGAAAUAAAUCCAAAAGAUAUUGUUAAUUCAA